CGGUGGAAACAAGAUGGCGGUUCUGACAAGACCGCCAACAUAUUUACUCGAAUAGAUGUAAAAAUUAACCCUCAUCGAGCGUUUUGUUCGCGACCUGCAUGUAUUUCAUGCAUCAUGAAGACCAGGAAGAUGUUCUAUAGUAGGGAUUGACGAAGCCACGACCGUUACUAAAGUCAGCGUGAUGUGCGAGAGUUAUGCCCGCUCGCUGCUGCGUGUGUCGGUGGCGCAGAUCUGCCAAGCGUUGGGCUGGGAUGCGGUGCAGCUCACCGCCUGCGACCUGCUUUCCGAUGUUAUGCACAGAUAUAUCCAGCAGUUGGCCAGGGGUUGUCAUCGAUAUUCGGAGCUCUAUGGGAGAACAGACCCAGUGCUGGAUGACGUAGGCCAGGCAUUUAGGCUGCUGGGGGUGAGUCUAUCUGAGCUGGAGGACUAUGUCCACAACCUGGAGCCCGUAGGGUUCGCCCAGCAGACGCCCCUCUUCCCCCUCAGCAAGAACAACAUGCUGCAGUUCCCUCAGCCUGGAGUGGGGGUCCGGGGGGACGCAGAGGAGAGGAAGGACUACAUUCCAGAUUAUAUGCCACCUUUGGUCUCACUACAGGAAGAAGAGGAGGAAGCCCUGGCUGACAUGGGCACCUCUGCUGAGGCCAUGCAGGUCCCGCUGGACAAUACCGACGAGGAUAUGGAUGACGACGAAGCGGUGAACGAUGAGAACCACCCUGUGAAGAGACACCUGGACAGCCCAGACGCCGCCAUGGGUAUGAUGCCCACCUCCAAGAGGCCUCGCAUGCACCCCGGCUUCAGCCCCGACUGGAGCAUGGAGCCCAGGGAGCCCCUCACCUCCCUCAACCCUCAGCGUGUCCCUCCAGGCAUGAUGGCCUCCCAUUCCCACGACAGCAUGGGUUCAAUGUCUCUGUCUCCAGAGACACCUGGGCCUCCGACAUUGUUCAGACCCCAGCCGGUGACCCCAGGGAGACACUCUGAUCAUAAGUCUCAUGGCGGUCAAGGCCGCAAAGGGCCCAAAGGCUCAUCCCCUGGUAGGCCACGGACUAAGUCCCCAAAGGGGGUCAAUGCUGGUGGGGCUAUGUCAGGCAGCCCCAUCCGCUCGCCCAAAUCUUCCAAGGAGCGGAAAAAGUCCCCGGGCCGGACCAAGAGCCCUAAAAGUCCCAAGAGCCCCAAAAUGGGUUCUGGAGUCAAGUCUGGUUCUCACUCCCAGGGAAAAGCAGAGGCUCAGGCCCUGGCCCUACAGAGACUUCCCCUGUCGGCCCUCAGCGAGAGGAUGGGGAAGGAAAACAUCCACGUGCAGCAAAGCCUGGAGGACCGCGAGCUGGCGGGUUUCGUCUCUGAUAAACUCUGCGAACCUGGCGGCGACAACGCUGAUAUUGACGAUUCUAUCGACGCUGUGAUCGCUAGGGCAUGCGCUGAGCGAGAGCCUGACCCGUUUGCCUUCUCAUCAGGCUCCGAGUCAGAGAGUGAUGGCUUCUCCUCUCCACGGAGGCUUACUAUCAUGGAGCCAGGCGGAACGCCUAAGCUCUCACUGGGUGCCAACAGCCUGGGUAAAGACACUUCUACACCGCUUCACGUCAACGCAGGCGGUGGCCCCGGGAACUGGACCAUGGACGACUCCAUCAACGAGGUCCUACGUAAAGUAAACCAGGGCGGUCCAAAUGCGGGACACCCCCAAGGCGAGUCAUACCUGUCCUCAGCAUCCGCCUCGCCCCCGACCCCUGAGCCCCUCCUCAAGAUGUACGAGGAGAAGAACAAGCUUGUCUCCUCGGCUGACAUCAAGAAGAAACUGAAGAAGGAGCUGAAGACAAAGAUGAAGAAGAAGGAGAAAGGAGAGAAACCGAAAGAUAAAGAGAGGGAUAAGGACAGGGGGAAGAUGAAAGAGAAGAACAAGGAUAAGAACAGGGAUAAGAGCAAAGAUUCUUUCUCCAAGGAGGCCAAGAUGCCAUGGAAGGACUUCGGUAACAAGGACGAUGACCUCAGGGAACACUUCCUGGGUCAGAGGUCAGGGUUCGGCGGACCCGAGGGCUCCGUGAUCAAGAUCAAGUCGCGAGAUGGAGGGGAUGGCAGUGGCAGGAAGGAGAAGGACAAACACAAAGACAAAAAAAAGGACAAGGAGAAGAGCAAGAAGGGCAAAGACAAGCGGGACAAGGGUAAGGACCGGCAGAAGAUAUCCUCCCUCACCCCGUUCGGUUUGGGUGACAUGCCUGCCCUGUUCAGCCCAUCGACGUGUCUCCGCAUCCCCUCCAUGCUGCCUCCUCUUCCGCCUAUCCUCCAGGAAAAGGAUGUGAAGAGCAAAGAGAAGGACAAGAAGAAAGACAAGAAGGAGAAGAAGAAGAAGAAAGAUAAAGAYAARGAMAAGGARAARGARAARGARARGGAGARGGAGAGAGAGAAAGAGGAGAAGAAGAAAGAGAAGGAGAAGCGAGAGAAGGAAAAAGAGAAGAUCAGACUAGAAAAGGUGAGGGUGGAGACUCCAGUGACCGUCCCGUCUCCUGUCAUCCCCAGGCUGACCCUGAGGGUGGGGGCUGGACAGGACAAAAUAGUUAUCAGCAAGGUSGUCGUGAAUUCCGAGCCGCUGCCACCGCCUAAGAUGCCAGCUCCCAAGACCCCCGCCACCAAAUCUGGACCCGGCAAUCGCCUUCAGCUGCYGCCGCCACCUCCAAUCCUCCCUCCAAUACCCUCGUUGGCACCUCCUGCAUCCCAUCUUCCCCCUGACAGCCCUCCCCCUGCCAUGCUGUCCCCCGCAUCCUCCGGCAAAACAUGUGUACGCAGCGUGGUCACGGAAACUGUCAAGACAUAUGUGGUCCGUGAUGAGUGGGGAAACAAGGUCUGGAUCUGUCCUGGCUGUAACAAGCCUGACGACGGUAGUCCCAUGAUUGGCUGUGAUGACUGUGAUGACUGGUACCACUGGCCUUGUGUCGGGAUGGUCUCGGCCCCUCCCGAGGACCAGCAGUGGUUCUGUGUGAAGUGUGCCGGCAAGAAAAAGGACAAAAAACACAAGAAGAGGAAACACAAAGUGCAUUGAGAGAGACUAUGCAAAACAAAGCUCACUUUGGACUUAGGACUGUUCAUUUGCUGGACUGAUUGYUUCUUCAAGCCAUCCUCUUGGGACACUCCUGGCACUGCUGUAAACAAACAAAGAAAGAAAGAAAGAAAAGUGUAAAAACAUGACAGAUGAGACAUUCACACCUCCUGAUGACUUUAGUGAAUGACAUGAUGAGCCAAUGAUAUGAUAACGCCCGUGUAUGACUGUAGGAAACAAAGAAAUACAGACUCUUUAACCAGCACAUGUCCAACCGCCAUUCUGUGGGUUCCAUGGUUACUACGCUUCCUUCCCCUCCCUUCUGUAAAGUGUUUUGGGGAGGGGGGUGCUUUUAAGUCUGCGUCCUGGUUUUCUACCCUUYUGUCAGUGUGCACUAGCACUCCACAUCACAGUCCCUUUCAUGGAUUGAACAAUCUCUUGGAGUGUGCACUUGCAAGUGCACACUUGGGUAGAUAAUCGGGACGCAGCCUCUGUUGAUGUGAGAGCCCAGCGUUCAGGAAGGAAUGUUCAGGUGCUCUGAUGUUGUCACGRAGAUUAUGCUUUUCAAUCAUCAUGGCUUCAAACAGAUAAUUGUUGAGUUCAAUGUUGUCAAAGAGAACAGGGUAUAGAGAGAAGUCUACAUUCAUCCAUCCUCAUAUUAUUAUUGUUGUUUACCUUAGUAUUGUCAUAGCCUGGUCCCAGAUCUGUGUGUGCUCUUGCCAAUUCCGAUGGCUAUUGUCUUGAGUUGGAGACAGCAAGACAACACAUCUGGGAACCAGGCUAGUAUUGUCACAUAAAAUAAGGUCAAUAAUAUCAAACUGAAUGACAGAUUCAGAUUCUGCCUGUUUAAAAUUCCCCCYCUCGGCUUUCUGCUGCAGUAUCCUUAAAUGUGUAAUGUAUAAUCCCCUACGUAUUUAUUGAGAAAGUGAAGCUUAAACUUUUAGUGUGGCUCUAUGCUCUAGCAUUUUGGAUUUGAGAUCAAAUAUUUUAUAUGCGGUGACUACACAAUGUCCUGUUUUAUUUGAGGGUAUUUUCAUACAUAUCUGUUAUACCGUUUAGAAAUUAAUGCACUUUAUGUAUCUAGUCCGCCCAUUUGAAUUUCGACAAAUUCACUUAUAGUGUAUUACAUUUAGUCAAAUGUUGAUUAUUUGUUCCCAUAUUUUUAGCACACAAUGACUACAUAACGCUUGUGACUCUACAAGCGAGUUGGAUGCAUUUGCAGUUUGUUUUGGCUGUGUUUCUGAUCAUGUUGUGUCCAAUAGAAAGCUAUGGUAAAUAAUGUAUUGUGUCAAUUUGGAGUCACUUUUAUUGUAAAUAAGAAUAGAAUAUUUUAGAUUAAUGUGGAUGCUACCAUGAUUACGGAUAAUCAUGACUUGAGUCGUGAAUAAUGAGUGAGAAAGUUAUAUUCACAAAGAUCAUGCCCCUAAAACAUGCUAACCUCUAACCAUUAACAAAAACAGGUUAGCAUUUUUAUAAGGUGUUAUGAUAUUUAUGCCGCUAACUUUCUCACUCAUCAUUAUUCACGAUUCAUUCAGAACUAUCUGUAAUCAUGGUAGCAUCCACAUUCAUGUAGCUCAGAAAACAUUCUAUUCUUAUUUACAAUAAAAGAGACUCCAAAAUUACACAACGUUGUUUAUCAUUCAUUUAAUUUCUAUUGGGCACAACAUAAUCUGUAACACAAACUGCAAAUGUUUGUAGAGUCACAAACUUGAUGUAGUCAUUGUGUGCUAGGAAUAUGGUACUAAAUACCAAACUUGACUAAAUGUAACACACUUAAGUUAAUUUGUCCAAAUACUGUACUUGUAAUGACAACUUCAAAUGGGGGGACUAAAUGCAUAAAGUGCAUUAAUUUCUAAACGGUAUAACAGAUAUGUAUGAAAAUACCCUCGAAUAAAAUAGGACAUUCUGUAGUCACCGCAUAUAAAAUAUUUGAUCCAAAAUGCUGGAGCAUAUCGCCAAAUUGAAAAGUUUUAGCUUCCCCGUCCAAAUAAAUACGUAGGGGAUUGUAUAUAAAGGUGACUGCCUUUGUGUGUAAAUACCAACUUCCAACCAAGCCACAUGCAUUUUGUUCUUAGGAUUUUUAUUCUAAUUUGUUAAAUCCAUUUCCAGAUKAUUGGUUUUUAACUUAAAUGAUUUUCUGUAAUUUAUGGUUAUAUUUUCAAAUAAGUUUUUGUAUUUUUAUUUUUYAUAUAGAUUGUCUUCCAAUCAGUUAAACAGUAGCUGUGCUCAUUGURAAGGUAUCUAAUUUUGCUGAUAUUUCAUAUAUUAAAGCCUAACAGUCUGUUAACUACACAUAAAUGUCAUUACUCUUUCCAUUUUUUAGGAUGGCAGUUGGUCAUCAUCUGUACCCAAGUUCUCUGUACACAUCUCUCCUUGUUUCCAUGAUUCAGGUUCAUAUCCCACUUCUAUCUUCCAUUGUGCAUUUUUGUUUUUUACAUUGAUUGUUCUGUGUGCAAUUCUCACCCUUUUACCCUAAGAUACUUUUGUCUUAGUUUAUUUUGUUUUGAUGCAUUUAAUUCAUGAAAAUACAGCGGAAAUAUUUUAACAAAACCGAAGUUGAAUUUGUUAAAUGAAUCUGAAAUGUUUGGAUAAAGAAGCAUUGUGUCAUUUUUU